GGCCUGACGCAGGAGCACGGUGCAAAGGCGGGGCGGGAUACACGACCGCAUUAGAAGGAUACCAGGGGCGAGCCCGAAGAGCCAGGACGACACACACACACACACACACACACACACACACGCGCACACACACUCAUCCAGGCCCGACAUGAGCACGUACACGGUGACGCUGAACGGCCCGGCGCCGUGGGGCUUCAGGCUCCAGGGCGGGAAGGACUUCAACAUGCCGCUCACCAUCUCCAGGAUAACGGCAGGCAGUAAGGCGUCGGGCGGCAGCCUGUCCCAGGGCGACAUCAUCUCAGCCAUCGACGGCACCAGCACCGACGGCUUGACGCACCUGGAGGCCCAGAACAAGAUCAAGGCUGCCACCACUCGACUCUCGCUCACCAUGCAGAAAUCCAGGCGCCCUGCACCAGUUCCCAUAGCCACUCCCAGGAUGGACUCCCCCAUGCCCGUCAUCGCCCACCAGAAGGUCAUCGCCAACACACCUGCCAACGUGGAGUACACCCCCAGCUUCAACCCCAUCGCCCUGAAAGACUCCGCCCUGUCCACCCACAAGCCCAUCGAGGUGCGCGGCCCCGGCGGGAAGGCCACCAUCGUCCACGCCCAAUACAACACGCCCAUUAGCAUGUACUCGCAGGACGCCAUCAUGGACGCCAUCGCCGGCCAAUCGCAGGCCAAGGGACACGACGGUGAGGAGGCGGGCUCCCCCUUGGCUGCCGUCCUGCCCAUGAAGGACCCCGUGGUGGACUGCGCCUCCCCCGUCUAUCAGGCGGUAAACAAGCCAAAGGAAAACCCCCAGGACUUGUCCGAUUGGGCUCGCCGUGCCGCCAACCUGCAGUCCAAGAGCUUCCGGAUGCUGGCCCACAUCACUGGAACUGAAUAUAUGCAAGACCCAGACGAGGAAGCUCUGAUGAAGUCGAGAGAGAAGUUUGAGUCGGAGAUGCGGGGUCCUCGCUUUGCCAAGCUGAAGAAUUGGCAUCACGGACUGUCUGCACAGAUCCUCAACGUCGGGGUGUAAGGGGAAAGGAGAGAGGAAGCAAGGAAGCAAGGAAGGAAGGAAGAGAAGGGGACAUGGGGCAAUAUAUAAAAACACACAGAGAAAAUAAUGUACAUGAGGGCAAAUAAGGAAGAGGCGGAAUGUGUGUGGCUUGUAGAUGAGUAGAAUGUGCGACUUUAUGCUAUUAAUUCAUGACUGUUGUGUCCAUACAAUGUCUGCUGCUAUACGUUUGGUUCCUCUGCGCUACAGGAGAGAGAAAUUCACUGUAGGGAAAUAAUGUGGACGUCCUUUUAGCCCCAGUAAGAAGGAUCUCACGAUCACACACACAGAUGUAACAUGCACAGUAUGUAAAAAAAAUGCACUCAAAAUACACCGAUGUCAAUGUGAAUAAAUGUUUUCCUAAAACGA